CACAGACAUUUAUUUAUCCACCCUUCUAUCCCUCCAUCAAUCCGGGAGGGAGGGGAGUUGCUGAGCAGGAGAAGCGGCCGCUCAGCUCUCCGGCCGGCUCUGUUCAUGGCAGCGCUCCGGUCUCUCUGGUAACAAGCACGCAGCUCGCGCUCAUUUCGGUGCUAACAGUGUUAUGCUCGGCUGUGAAAUCAGAGGACCAGUAGAGAAAACCGGCUGUCCUUCUUUCACAUGGGCGAAGAAGAGGAGGGGUUCAGCGGCCAGACUCGCCACCGAGGAAUCGAGGAAACCGGAGGUGUAGGAGCGUCUGUGGACCCGGACAGAGAGAGGAAAUAUGCAGAGCUCUUCAAGCAGCUGGACCUGAACAGUGAUGGCAAGGUGGACAUCAAUGAGCUGCGGACCGGACUGGCAGCCCGGGGUUUACACCAGGGAGAGGCGGAGGAGAUAGUCCUCGAGAGCGACAUCAACCAUGAUGGUCUGCUGGACUUCCAGGAGUUUUCCCAGUACCUGUGGGCUCAUGAGAAGAGGCUGUGGCACAUCUUCAACAGUCUGGACCGCAACAAUGAUGGUCAAAUUGAUGUCGGAGAGAUCCAGCACUCACUGCACAAGCUUGGUGUGGAGGUCACCACGGAGCAGGCCUCCAGGAUACUGCAGAGCAUGGACAGGGAUGGCACUAUGACCAUAAACUGGAUUGAAUGGCGUGAUCACUUCUUGUUCAACCCUUUCCACAACAUGGAGGAGAUCGUCCACCACUGGAAACACUCCCACAUGUUUGACAUUGGGGAACAUUUGACGGUGCCAGAUGAGUUCUCAGAGCGGGAGCGGCGAUCAGGUUUGGUGUGGAGGCAGCUGGUUGCCGGAGCGAUGGCUGGGGCCGUGUCUCGGACAGGAACUGCUCCCCUGGACCGUCUCAAAGUCUUCCUGCAGGUACACGGCUCCACAUCUCGGGGGAUGAAUCUGUGGUCUGGGCUGAGGGGGAUGGUCAAGGAGGGAGGCGUCUUCUCACUCUGGAGGGGAAAUGGCAUCAACGUCCUUAAGAUAGCCCCUGAAUCUGCCAUUAAGUUUAUGGCCUACGAACAGAUCAAGUGGCUGAUCCGAGGGAGCAGAGAGGGGGGCGGUUUAAGGGUACAAGAGAGGUUCAUCGCUGGCUCUCUGGCAGGAGCUACCGCCCAGACCAUCAUCUACCCCAUGGAGGUGCUGAAGACUCGUCUUACAUUGAGGAAGACAGGACAGUACUCAGGUAUGGCUGAUUGUGCCAGACAGAUCCUGAAGACGGAGGGAGUCCGGGCUUUCUACAGAGGCUACCUGCCCAACACACUGGGUAUCAUCCCAUACGCUGGCAUCGACUUAGCUGUGUAUGAGACUCUGAAGAACGCCUGGCUCCAAAGGUACUGUGUAGAUUCAGCAGAUCCAGGAGUGUUGGUCCUGCUGGGCUGUGGUACCAUCUCCAGCACCUGCGGCCAGCUGGCGUCCUAUCCCCUCGCCCUCAUUCGGACACGUAUGCAGGCACAAGCCAUAACUGAGGGUAAACCCAAACUGACCAUGGUGGGACAGUUCAAAUACAUCAUAUCUCAUGAAGGUGUACCGGGCCUGUAUCGAGGCAUCACUCCCAACUUCCUCAAAGUCAUCCCAGCUGUCAGCAUCUCCUAUGUGGUGUAUGAGCACAUGAAGAAAGUUCUCGGGGUGUGUUACUAGACUGAGACAAAGACAAAGGUGUCAUGACAAAAAGGACAGAAAAAGCAGCGGCUUCAUUAUGCUUGUGAGAACAGGAGCAGUGAUGAUGCAGCUCCUCAGACACUGACAGAAAAGAAAGGAAGUCUGGGAAGAGGAGAGAUGAAAAGAUCCAUUUGAGAUGGUCCUGCUAUAUCCAGACAGAUUCAAGCUUGUGUAGCUUGCAGAUAGUUUACAGGUAAAUUAUAUUCAUUUAUGGAUUUUGAAGAAGAGAAUGAGGUAAAUAUUUGUCCUCUCUGAAACCUUUAUGCCACAUACAAACAGGAAAUGCAUUCAUUCCCAUUGACUUGACUUGGUGCAAAGCACACAGUCCAACAACAAAGAUAUUUUAAAGUGAAAACAGACAACUUUUCAACUCCCCCAUCCAACAACCCACUUCCACCUACACUGUUUCCAAGUGUUAGUGUUGGUGUUGCUGUUGCAAAAGCUGCGUUUCCAUCAGAAGUUUUCAGAAUUGAACCUUUUGAACCAAAGUAACCCUUACAGAUAUGUACCUAGACCCUAGAUCUGUGGAGCCUUUCCACGACAGACAGCACUCUUACAUGUGGGUUGUCUGCAUCCUGUUUAUCGUCCACAAAACGGGGCUGCACACCAACAUUUUCAGAACAAAAAAGAG